AUGUUUUACCCCUUAAUGUUAUUUUUGUUUCAAAUAAUUUUUUGUUCAAAACCAAAACAAAUAUUGGAUCAUAAUGUACCAUUAGAUCUAAGAAUAAAUAUAUCAAGUACUUCAAGAGCAUACGAAAAUAAAGAUUUUUGUGAGAAUGUAGAUAUACAACAAAAGAGUCAAGAAUCGACUAAAACAGUAGAUAAAUAUUCAGAGGUAAAUCAAUCUGAUGUUAAUUUAUUAACAUAUUUUACAGGUAAAGAUUUAAACAGUAGAUGUAAAAAUGUUGACUAUGAUCUGUGCAAUUUUUCGUCUUUAUUAACUAAAGAGAACAAUUUGAUGCCACGCAAUUUCACAAGAAGUACAGUUAUUAAAUAUGUAUCUAAGAAACGAUAUUGUACAUCAAAACAAUCGAUAAGUGAUAAAACAUGUCUCGAAGCUUCAAAUAUUAGUGGAAAUGAUACGUCUGAACAUUCUUACAUUAUAACAUCUUGGAAUGAGGAUACUGAUUUAUUGUUAGAUAAAAAUCAAAAUGAUUUAAUACAAGAGCAAUAUGGUACUUCAGAAAAUAAUGCAUUUUUACAGAAAAAUAAUAAUGUUUUGGUUUUAUCAAAAAAUCAAAAUUAUUGCAUAGAGAAUAAUAGUGUAAAUGAACCAAGUGCUGUUCAAACAGAUUCUCCAUUUAAUGUUGAUAUUUUAUCUACGAUUAAUAACCCUGAAAGUAGUUAUUCUUUUAAUAAUGCUUACAAAAAUGAUAACAGCGUAAAAGAUAAAAGGAAAAAAUUAAAAACUAACAAUGUAUCUAAUAUACAAACAAACGGCAAUGAAAAGGCUUUGAAAUCUAAAAGAAAAAUAAAAACUUAUAAAACAAUUCGUAAGAAUCAAUUUACAGCUAGCGAGCGCGAACUUUUUAAGAAAUACAAGGAAUCUGAAGAUGAAUUUAGAAGGUUUUUAAAACUUAAAAUUAAAAAUCAAAUACUGCAAUUUAUUAAGAAACUUGAAAUAUCUAAUCUUUGUGAUGACCUUAAACAAAAUUCAAUUUUUGCUCUAAGAAGUCUUUUAAGUUUUUUAGAUACGAUAAGUGCAAUUUAUAUUAAUACAAAGAAAAAGAAAAAUAAGAAAGAAUUUUUAAAUUCAUUAAAUCCUGCAUGUAAUCAAUUUAGCAAGUAUGCAGACGUGUCUCAAAAACUUUUAAUUUUUAAAUUGAUUUGUAAUAAUUUACACGAGGUUAAUGAUGGCGGUUUUUGUUGUAUUUCUGAUUGUGAUUUUUAUGAAAUUUAUCAUUUACUAUUUUCUGUUGACAUAAGAUUCAAUUCAUUAUACAAAAGACUUGCAAAAUUAAGAGAUAAUUUUAAAUAA